AUGGUCUUCUUCCUCUUCCUCGUCUGUCAGGACUUCGUGUAUCACGGCAUCGCUGCCUUUUUCUACCUUAGCGCUUCGGUGGCUUUGGCCAAAGUGACCCUGGAGAUGAAAGAUGGGACCAACUUCCAGAACUACCAGCUGGACAUCUCUGCAGUGGUCUUCUCAUACGUGGCGACUCUCCUCUACUUCGUCCACACCAUCCUGUCUGCCAUCCGAUGGAAAUCUUUCUAGAGGUUUCUGACCUGAGUUUGAUCCUUAAAGCGGUGACGCUGACAUGAAG